CCCAAUGAGGCAUAGGAGGCAUUGAGGGAGGCAGCAAAAACAACUCUUUUGCUUCCUUUCCUCCCAAAGUUGCUUAACAUCAAUUCUAACUAACCCUUUCAAGGCCACAAACAAUGGCCUCCUCUGCUCAAAACAGAGCACCCAAUCUCUCUGUUUUCUCUGUUUUCCUCUGCUCCUUUAUGUUCCAACACUUAUUCUUGUCACCAAAUGCGAACCGGGCUUUUGCCCAAUCCUCACCGGUUUUCGCCUGCAAUGUUGGUAGCAAUGCGAGCGUGUCAAGCUUCGGGUUCUGCGACACGUCAUUAGCGAUCGAUUUGAGGGUAGCAGACCUGGUGAAGAGGCUGACAUUGCAAGAGAAAAUUGGGUUCUUGGUGAACAGUGCAGGGAGCGUGAGCAGGCUUGGGAUACCAAAGUAUGAGUGGUGGUCUGAGGCUUUACAUGGAGUGUCCAACGUUGGCCCCGGGACCAAGUUUACGAAUGUGGUUCCGGGAGCUACCAGCUUCCCUCAGGUCAUUUUGACUGCCGCUUCUUUCAAUGCCUCUCUGUUUGAAGCCAUUGGAAGGGUGGUCUCAACCGAGGCCAGAGCAAUGUACAAUGUGGGAUUGGCAGGAUUGACUUAUUGGUCUCCAAACAUUAACAUAUUUAGGGACCCCAGAUGGGGGAGAGGCCAGGAGACUCCGGGAGAAGACCCGUUGCUGUCAAGCAAAUACGGGUCGGGCUAUGUUAGAGGCCUUCAGCAGACAGAUGGUGGUGACAAAAAUAAGCUCAAGGUUGCUGCAUGUUGCAAACAUUAUACAGCUUAUGAUUUGGACAAUUGGAAAGGGGUUGACAGAUACCACUUUAAUGCAGUGGUAACAAAGCAAGAUUUGGAUGACACGUUUCAACCACCAUUCAAAAGCUGUGUUAUAGAUGGGAAUGUUGCUAGUGUCAUGUGUUCUUACAACCAGGUUAAUGGGAUACCAACCUGUGCAGAUCCAGACCUUCUUGCCGGAGUCAUCCGUGGCGAAUGGAAGUUAAAUGGAUACAUAGUUACUGAUUGUGAUUCAUUAGAUGUAUACUACAAUAAUCAACACUACACCAAGACACCAGAGGAAGCUGCAGCUAAGGCUUUAUUGGCAGGGGUGGAUCUCAACUGUGGACCUUUCCUUGGAAAAUAUACGGAAGGUGCAGUGAAAGGAGGACUUGUUAAUGAGGCGGCCAUUGACAAGGCCAUCUCAAACAAUUUUGCCACAUUGAUGCGUCUAGGCUUCUUUGACGGUGAUCCAAGCAAGCUACCCUACGGAAAGCUUGGUCCAAAGGAUGUUUGUACCCCAGAGAACCAGGAGCUAGCCCGUGAGACCGCGAGGCAAGGGAUAGUAUUGCUCAAGAACAGUCCAGGAUCACUGCCUCUGUCUCCCACGGCCAUCAAAUCCUUGGCAGUCAUUGGUCCCAAUGCCGCUGUCACAAAGACAAUGAUCGGCAAUUAUGAAGGCAUUCCAUGCAAGUAUACGACUCCUUUGCAAGGCCUAAGUGCCUCAGUUGCAACAACUUAUAUCCCUGGCUGCGCCAAUGUGGCUUGUGGUACUGCCCAGGUAGAUGAUGCUAAGAAGGCAGCAGCCUCAGCCGAUGCAACUGUGCUUGUAGUGGGUGCAGAUCAAUCAAUAGAGGCAGAGAGUCGCGACAGGAUUGACCUUCAUCUUCCAGGACAGCAAACACUUCUAGUAACAGAAGUUGCAAAGGCAUCCAAAGGCCCUGUAAUCCUUGUCAUAAUGUCUGGAGGAGGGUUCGACAUUUCAUUCGCUAAAAAUGAUAGUAAAAUUACAAGCAUCCUAUGGGUUGGUUACCCCGGAGAAGCUGGUGGAGCUGCCAUAGCUGAUGUCAUUUUUGGUCAUUAUAAUCCAAGUGGAAGACUACCUAUGACAUGGUAUCCACAAUCUUAUGUAGACAAGGUACCAAUGACAAACAUGAACAUGAGACCGGAUGCUUCGAAUGGUUACCCUGGCCGGACUUACAGAUUCUACAUUGGAGAAACCGUUUAUUCGUUUGGAGAUGGACUAGGCUACUCUGCUUUCAAUCACAAACUAGUUCGAGCGCCAAAGCUCGUAUCAAUUCCCUUAGAGGAGGGUCAUGUAUGUCGCUCAUCAAGUUGCAAAUCACUUGAUGUUGUCCAAGAAAGAUGUGAAAAUCUAGCUUUCGACAUCCAUUUGGGGGUGAAGAACACGGGAAGCAUGAGUGGAGGCCAUACCGUUUUGUUGUUUUCGAGUCCUCCAUCAGUGCACAACUCACCUCAGAAGCACCUGUUGGGAUUUGAGAAGGUGUUCCUGAGUGCUCAGAGAGAAGAAUUGGUUAAGUUUAAGGUGGAUGUUUGCAAGCAUUUGAGUGUGGUUGAUGAGCUUGGAAAUAGGAAAGUUGCCUUGGGACAGCAUGUCCUUCAUGUUGGAAGCUUGAAACACUCAUUCAGCGUGGGGAUUUGAUAUAAGUCUUCAACUUCUCCGCUGUGAUUCUUUGGAGGCAGAUUGGAAUGGAGCAUUUGAGCUUUGAAUAACUUAAGAGAAUUGUCAAAAUUUUCUCAACUCUUUGUUAUAGCCAAUUUGUUCAAAAUCAAAAAAUUAAUCUAGAAAUUAAAGUCGCCUUCAAUUUUUCGUUCGUAA